CCUGGCCCAUCUCAGUCAUCAGCCACUCUUUAGGACUUCUCUGUCUUUGGGAAUGAUCAAGGCAAGAUCUGAACAUUCAACCCAGAACAAAUAAACACGAAAGAGAAGCAGUAUGAGCAUAUGGCUGAUGAGGGAACACCGUCAAGUGGAGGACAUCUCUGCUCCAUCCGUCAACUGUUACAAUUCCCAGAAGAAACAAACCCGAAGGAUCUAGUAUUUCAUAUUAUACAUGCAGCUCGUAACCAGCCAACUGUUGUGAUGCCAGCACUCAUGACAAUCCUCCAACAGGAUGAGGGCUCUGUCUGGGAGAAGGUGGCCAUCUACCGCAGCCUUCGGGCGAUGCUGGAGCGUGGCCUGGAGGUGGAGCCUGCCUGCAGCUUUGUUCUCACAGCCUUGAAGCAGCUGAGAGCAUCUCUGUUGGAGGUGCCUUGGGAGCUCCAAGUGGCUGUCAGCAAUGCACUGGCUAGUUUUGCUCGCCGACAUUUCAGUGUCAUCAUGAAUGAGCUUCAGCGGCACCUCAAGCCUUUUGCCCAGCCUGAUGAAUUCACUCUCCUCACUUUGGGCAAGAUCACGACCAUGAAUGUGUACCACUGUGUCCCCUUCUUUGGCAUCACCCUAACCACCAUGCAGACAGUCACACGUAGAAUUGAGGAUACCAGGAGACGCUGGGCCCUCUGCACAGCCCUUAAACAGAUAUGCAAAGCAAUUCAAAUCUAUCUUCGGACCUGGGAAAGGAGUUCCUACCCACGUAUCAGUGUCCAGCAAUUCUCCAUCUACCUUCUUCCACUUUAUGCCUGUAUCACUCGCACCUGGUUACCUGGAAGUCACUCCAAGGUCAGGCUAGCAGUUCUGAAGGCCUUAAGCCCCAUGCUGAGCAUCCUGCUUCCUAGGACGGAAUUCCAGACUCAGAUCUAUGAUGACAUCAUUUUGCUCUCAUUGCAGUAUGACAGCAGCAGCACUGAAGCUUUUUAUAUUUCUAAGAUCUUGGGCCAGAUUCUGGAAGCUUCUCUAGUGAACAAAAACCCAAUCCCAAGUAUGUAUGUGGGACCCCUUGCACAGAAUCUGAUCCUGCAGAUCUGCAGCAGAGAGCAAAAGGAACAUCUUCAAUGGCAGAGCCACAACUCUGUUGAAAUCACACAGCUCUUCCUAAAGCUAGCACGUUCACAUCCUUCUGAGCUGCUGCGGUUUUUCCUGAAGAAGCUGGACGAAAGCCAAGGAGACAUGCGCACGGUGGUGCUGUUGCUGCUGUCUGAAAUUGUUGGUGCCCAAUUACCUGAGGUCUGGAACAGGAGGCUACUGUGUGUAAAGGUGGUGAAGGCUGUCCUGGUUGAUGAUAGCACCCCGGUUUGUCUUGCAACGCUCCAGACUAUUAGAAAACUGUUGUCUGUCGGUUAUUUGGAGAAAAUUGAAGGAUGGCCCCUGAAUUAUAUUGCCCUGCAGCUAUCCAGGUCUGCCCAUCAGCUGACACAGCCAACAUGGAAUCUUCCUUUGGGAGGUUUAAAGGAGAAGGCCAUGGAGAGAGUCAGUGUGGAUCUUCUUCAUUUCGCCGUAACUUCAGGAAGGGGUGCAAGUCAGGAAUUAUGGAAAAAGUUGCUCAACUAUCUAAUGCAGCCACAUUACACUAGUUUGGCUACACCUCUGUGCCAAGCCUUGCGGCUCUUAGCUGAACACCGACUGAGGUGGGUUGUUCCAACACAGGCUACAUUGGAGCCAGUAGAUUCACCAACUCCCCAGGGAUUGAUGGCUCGCCUUAUAGCCCUUGCAAUUUGCCCUUUAGAAGGAGGUGGCCAAGGAACUGCAGCAAUUCUCCUGCUAAGUGCUUUGCGCCCAGAAUUCUACAAGGCUAUGGGUGAACAUUGGUGGGUCGAAGUGCCCCUCCUGGCCCAUUACCUGGAAGGCCACAGCAAGUACACAUUGCCACCAGCAGCCUGGGAGCAGAAGCUACUGGAGUUCCUGAAGAAAUCCUUACAGAGGAACCAGGAAGAAGGCUGGAACCUAAUCUUGGGGCAGGAACUCAUGAAGCAGAUGGGUGUCUAUCACAACUCCUCUAAAGAAAAAGUCUUUCUCUACAAGACUUUGGGAAUUGCUCUUUCUGCUACAGGGGAUGUUGGUGGGGUGACCCAGCAGCUCCUGAAUCUGCUCUUGCAUACAGAUUAUACUGAGGAAGCCCAGCAAAAGGGUGUUCGCUGGUGUCUGGCAUACUGUGCAGAGGGGCAGCUGGUGGCGGUGCUGGAAGCUCUACAUCACUUUGAGAAAGAGAUUUCUGAGGGAAAAGAUUUGGCUUGCUUUCAGAUUGGCCAGGCCUUGCCUCAGCCAGAGAAAGAACAUGUGAUGAAAACUCUCCUUCUAUUAUAUGGUAGUGUGGCAAUCCGUGUUCCCCAGGAGCAGCUAAUGCCUCAUUUGGCCAAUGAGAUUGUGCCAAGGAUCCUACACCAUUAUAUGACACUAAACAAUCCAGAGAGGGCCAUUGAUGUUGAGCUGGUUCUGAGUUUUGCCCAGUGCGUGUCAGAAAUCAGCCUUUCCAUGAAGAGCAAAGGUGAUUCCACUACUUUCCAGCUGCCUCAAAAAAGAGCGUUGCUUGACCUUCUCAUGAAUACUGUUAAAACAGAGUCCCUGGAGGUGCUUGUAACUCCUGUCUGUCAGCAGGUGAUGGUUGCUCUUCGGCACCUGAGCAAGGUGCCAGAAAUGCUGAGCCCUGAGGAGAACUGGAAGCUGGCAGAGGCCUGUCUGAGCCAUGUCUUUGCUCUUCCUCCUUUGGGGAUUGAAGAAGGUGCCAGUCAGACUCUCUAUACUGGUACUUUGACUUCCUUGUCAGAGCUGAUGGAGACUUUACUGGAGCCAGGAUCAGGAGAGAAUGACUUUUCAGACUGGUUCCAGCAGAUCUUCCAGCUCUUGGGCUACUGGCUGGUGUCGGAGCAUGAAUGGGAGCGGGCUCGGGCUAUGCAGCUUGGUGUCCAUCUACUGAAAGCUCAUUGCCAGAGGACUAGCACUUCUAUCUCUCAGAACCAGUUCAGCCACUUGAUGGCCCUGUUGGGUCCUUUCACUUAUGACACACUGGGCACCAUUCGUCAUAGUGCUGGUAAUUGCAUUCGACUCCUGCUAAACAUCCAAGGAGCCACAAAGUUGCGUGAGCCCAAAGUGCGUGUCAACCAACAGCGAUUGUAUUGCAUUCAAAGGGACCUUCAAAGUGAGAGUACAGAGACGAUGCACACUGCCUCUCUCCAGUUGGCCAAAAUUGUCAGCUGUGUCCUGCCUCUCCAAGGAAUCCUAACCUUCUUGCACACUUUGCUGGAGCAACUGAGGACUGUGAAUGGUUCCUGCGACAAGGCUGCCCUCCUGUGGUUUGAGGUGGCUGUGAAGGAACGGCGGCCAGAUCUAAAAGACAAGGUUCACAAUAUCGUAGACAUCAUUUGUUCCUUUUGGCAAUAUUCCGAAGACUCAGCUCAGCGCCACUUCCUGGCUCAGGCCAUCUGCAUUUUGGCUGAGCAUCAUCGCAAAGCAGUUUGUUUCUCUCUCCUGGAGCAACCCCUGCUUCAAGACAAAGUAAAGAGAGAACUCUGGGCAUCGCUUGCAACCUAUAAAAAUAGUGGUCCUUCUGUUCUGAAGUGUUUGCUCAUCUGGAUGAGAAUGGAAAGAAAUGAUACCCGCAGCUGCCUUUGGGGUCUUGAGGCUCUCCAUGAGGUAGUCUUGGCUUUGGAUGGUUGUGCCACCUUCUUUCCAUUACUGACAGAGCUGUGCUACAUUCUUCUGCAGCAGCUCAGCAAACAUCAGGAUGAUAAGAUGCCAACGUUCUCUUUUUCUCCUCUAGAAAGCAACGGGAGUCUUGAGACAGAAUUCAUGACAUCCCAUGGGCUAGCUGUUACAGUACUGCAGGCUGUGUUCAGCAGAGCUCUGCCAGAGAUUGCAAGGGAACUGAACUCUGGAAAGACCUGGGACUUCCUGAUGGACCCUAGUAGCAGCCUCAAGGGUGUGGCCCUGUUGGCCAGGGCCUUGAUGCAUACAAAGAACCCCUUUUUAGAUGGGCUACUCCUUCAUCUCCAUUCUUCCCUCCAGUCCUCCAGAACAACAUCUAGAAAUCUUAGCCUGGUCUUCUGCAUGGAGGUUAUAGGUCAUCCUCUCUUGAAGAAACCAGAAACAUUGAACCUUCUUUUGCAUUUAUUAUUGACCCAAGUUCAAAAUGGAAAUGAUCUUAUGCGUAUCUUGUCAAUGCGAGGGCUGGGGAACAUGGCAAAGGGUGCUCCCGAAGAGGCAAAGAAGUACCAGAAAGCUUUGCUGAAGCCUCUUCUCCAAGCUCUGCAGGACAGCUCCAGUCCAGAAUUAGCCACUGAAAGCCUAUAUGCUUUAUGCAAGUUAGGCAGAUAUCUUGGGAAAUGGCCUGCAGAUUGUACUUUCCAGAUCGUGGUCAGCCAAGCCUGUGCACAUCUCCGGCAUGCAGAUGAUACUGUCCGUGCUGCAGCCUUUGAGUUGCUUGGUGAACUGGCCAAGACAGUUCCACUGAAGCUUUCCAAGUUUUUUACCAAGAAGGUGGGAGGUGCUUUGGCUGCCCUCCUCUUGCACUUCCAUGAUCCUUGCCCACAUGUGGCCCAGGCCUGCCAAAUGGCCUUUAUCUCAUGUGCCUCGUUCAUCGGUCUGUGUGGAUUCUUAAAAAGUACAAAUUCAGAUUUAUUGCUGAUGGACCUCUCAGAUAUACAACACUCCCACCUCAUGGACAGAGUUUGUCAACAGCUGGCUCAGAGAAACCCAUUACUGCUGGAAGCUGUCAUGGCAGAGGUGGCUCAGUAUAUAUGUUGCAACCGGGAAGAAAUCAGGCUUAUGGCAUGCAAGCUGGCAGGAAUUCUUGUAGAGAAGGUGGAAACCCAGCAUCUUGGACACUUUGAUGUAGAACAUCUUUUACAAGCUCUACACUCCGCGAGUCAUGAUCCCAGCCCCACUGUGAUCAGCGCAGCCUUAGAAGCUACUCACACUAUCCAGCAGAAAUGGCAGGGAAGCCAGACAAGGUUGGCCUCUGGACACCAAAGGAGAGCUGUGCUUUUGGGAUGGUUCUUCAGGAGGGAGCCCAAAAAAACACUGGGAGCUGCAAAGCCUGGGCCAGUUUAAAGACAAGAACCAUCAGAAAAGAAAUGGAAAUAUAGCCUCUUUCAUAGUU